GGCGCAGGGCGCCGCGCGCCUGGCCGCGUGGAAGCGCGGCGCCGCCAACUCGCAGUUCCUCAAGGCCACAGCCGCCGCCCCCGAGGGCGCCGCCGACCCGACCCAGCGGCGCGUCGUCGGCCUCGCCAUCUGGACCCUCAUGAAGGAGGCCCCGCCCGCCGACCUCGCCCAGGUCGAGGACGUCGCGGCGGUCUGGCCCGACCGCGGCGACCGCGAGUUCAUGACCCGCCUGUGGCGCAGCUACGUCGUGCCGCGCACGCAGGCGAUCCGCGAGGCCCAGGGCCGCGGCGUCUACAUCCUCGAGCUGCUGGCGGUCCACCCGGGCUGCCAGCGUCUGGGCGCCGGCAAGGCGCUCGUCCAGUGGGGGACGCGAGCUGCCGACGAGCAGGGGGUCAAGGCGAUCGUCGAGGGCACCCCGGUGGCGCGGCGGCUCUAUGAGCAGUGCGGCCUCCGCGCGCAGAUUGAGGAGAUGCAGUUUGACGUCGGCGACGAAUUCGCCGGGAGGAAGAUGCCCAAGCUUACGUUCAUGGUGCGAGAGCCCAAAUCGUAGAUACGGCCGUUCGAGCCGGGUGCUCUAGGGUCCGACGAUAUCUGUAGCUACAGCAAGCAUUGCUACGCGAUAAUAUCAAGAACGCGCCGGUCAGUAGGUAAUUGAUUGGAUGAACAAGUAUUGAACAAGUUCCGGUGUGUGCCAGGAGUCGAGUGCAGCGUUGCUGUACACAGCACCUAGGUACCUAACUACUGCACUGUCAAACCGCCAAGCACGCCUAGGAGCCAUGAUUCUGCGGUUAUUUAAUUCCAUCAAUCCGAUGGCUUGGCUUAGCGAUACACUUGAGUACGACAAGUCCAAACCUCGUUCUUAGGUUGUAGCUAUCUCUCAACAGUUCCCUACAUGGUAGCUUCGGCUACCCGCUCAAGCA